AUGGGUCUACUGGGAGCCUUGCGGAAGCAGCCUGCACCGGCAGAAGGCAGCGACCAUGCACCCACGUCCUCGCCUCCAAACGAGAAGAAGUCGAGUACGAAGAGGUGGAAUCUUGGCAUCCUGAGCGACCCUCUCACCGACGAGGUUCCUGGCUCUGUUAUCCUACUCUCCAAGGCGCACAACCGCAACGAGCCACUCGGUUUACAACACGCACGCGCACGAACGUCUGCCUCCUCCCUGCCCUCGGCGUAUGGCCACUCACGGAGUGCUUCUCGUGGUUCGCGCCACUCGUCACGGUCGCGGCAGCCUGAAAAGAAACGUACAAAGGAUGGGAAGUUCAUACUGGACCCCCAGCCCGAGGAUUCGGCGAACGACCCGCUCAACUGGAAGCAGCUGCGACGAGAUGCCGCGCUGAUCUCCCUCGGUUUUUACUGCAUGCUUGGCGGUGGCAUGACGCCUGUGUUGGCUGCAGGGUUUCACGAUGUUGCAGAGACAUUCAACGUGGGUCUCUCGCAGGUGGCUUUGACGACUGGCCUAUACAUGUUGGGCUUGGGUCUUGGGAGUGUCGUUGCAUCGCCUACUGCGAUUCUAUACGGAAAGAGGCCCGUGUAUCUGGUCGCCAUCAUCUUGUUCACGCUCUCGUCGGUCUGGUGCGCCCUCUCGCCAAACUACGCAUCCUUGGUCGUUGCACGCAUCGUCCAAGGCUUCGCCGUCUCCCCGGUUGAAUGCCUUCCGAGUGCCACCAUCGCCGAGAUUUUCUUUCUCCACGAAAGAGCGUACCGCCUAGGCAUGUACACACUGCUGUUGCUCGGCGGGAAGAACCUGAUACCGCUGGUCAGCGCCGCAAUCGUGCAGUCGUUAGGUUGGAGAUGGGUGUUCUGGAUCGUUGCAAUCGUUGUUGGGUUCUCCUUCUUCCUCAUCUUCUUCUUCGUCCCCGAAACCUUCUGGGAUCGUACACCACGAGCAAGGGACCGAAGCCAUGCACGCAGUCGCAGUCACAGCCCAAGAAGACACAAGCAUUUCCAUCUACCAACAAGACACAACAAGAAAUCGACAGACGAAUUAGCAGGGCCAGCCAUGACCUCCACCGUCGUUAACCCACAGGCUGCAACACCUCUGGAACAUCCCAAGAAGGCGUAUAAGACUGCCCAUGUAGGCUUCGCAGACGAGUUUGAGCACGAGACUUCUGUUUCACACGCAGACCUACCAGCAACACCGCGCUCUCCUAUCAGUAUUCAUUCCUCACCCCCGGGUACUCCACGACAUGGUUACUUUUCACAAUUACCAGAGGAUUCGAUCGCGGACCCCGAAAAGCAGGACCAGACUUCUGGGAGCCGAAGUCUCUCAUCCACAGAACCUGGCAGGCCGCUAGAUGCCGAUCAGCUGUCCGAACAGUUCUCGAUACACUACACGGACUAUUACCGCACGGCCCCCGCAAAGUCAUACCGCCAAUCCUUGAAACCCUGGAAUGGCCGUCUGGCCAAAGACAAGUGGCUCAAGGUCAUGGUCAGGCCUUUCAUACUACUCGCGUAUCCAGCUGUGCUCUGGUCUUCCCUGGUGUACGCCCUCGCAGUUGGUUGGCUUAUCGUCUUAUCUGAAUCUGUUGCGCACGUCUACCAGAACCACGACUCGUACAACUUUACUGCGCUUCAGGUUGGUCUUGUGUACGUCUCCCCUUUCGUCGGCGGCGUGCUGGGAACAGCUGUUGCCGGGAAGGUAUCAGAUCUUAUUGUAAGAUUCAUGGCACGUCGAAACGAUGGCGUAUACGAACCCGAGUUCCGUCUGGUCAUGGCCCUUCCAAUCGCUAUCACUACAAGCAUUGGCCUCAUGGGCUUUGGGUGGAGCGCUGAAGAGAAGGACAACUUUUUCGUGCCCACGGUCUUCUUUGGGAUCAUCAGUUUCGGUUGCUGUCUUGCCUCCACUACCGCAAUCACUUUCGUUGUCGACUCAUACCGCAUGUACGCUGGUGAAGCGCUGGUGACGCUCAACUUCUGCAAGAACGUUCUGCACGGCUUCGUCUUCUCACUAUUCUUCCCACACUGGCUCGAGGCCAAAGGUCCUAAGAAUACAUUCAUAGUUGUCGGUUGCGUCCAACUUGCAUGCAUGCUUUUUUCGAUUCCAAUGUACAUCUUUGGCAAGAGAGCGCGCAUGUGGACUGUCAGAAAGAACUUGAUGGAGAAGUUUUGA